AUGAAAUAUUUAAAAUAGGUUUAUGCAAUUUCUUCUGGAACCAGAAGAUACAGAAAACUUAAAGCUCUUUAGUUCUAUGCUAAUUUACAGAAGAAUGGACGUAUAGAUGAUAGUUUUGAAAUAGCUAAGAGGAAAAAAAAUGCAAAUUCAUAGAAAAAACCAGCUAAGAAAGCUCAAUAAUCUUUAGAAGAAUUUCUCGAAGAACAUGAUGUAGAUGAUAGCUUUGAAUUAGCCAAAAAGCAUUACAAAAGUAAGAAGGAAGAGACAAAAAAAUAAGCAGCAAGCGUCGAAAAGGCGAUUACCAAAAAAGAAAAAAAGCAGAAAAAAUAAGAUUCUAAAAACGAGUUUCUUUCUUCAGAUUCAGAUUUAGAGUUAAUUUAAGAGAUUGAAAAUGGUAGCAAUUUAAAAAAAGAAAAAGUUGAAGAAUAGGAUUUUUCAUAACAUAUUAUGGAACUACCUCAUGGGGAUAAGUUAGUAUUCGUAUAAAAUAAAUAAAAAGUCAUAUUCACAGGAGAGUUUGAAGUUUGCUGCUUAUACGGCUAAGUACACGUUAAUGGCUUGAGUUUAUCAAGCAAAGAUGUUUCUGAUAAAUAAAAAGUAUUCAUGCACAAAGCAAGUUCUUUAUUAAAAAAUAGUUUGCUUUCUUUUGACACUGUUUCUCGUGAUUCUACUAUUUCAGACUCAAAGAAUGCAUCUAAAUUAUUAGAAAUAAUAAACCACAAUGUUAUUUUGAUUAAUGGAAAGCAAGAUUGUGAUAAAAUUAUUGAUAAGAUUUGUGAAAAUUUUGAUGAAAUCUAAUAAAAGUUUACUAAAGGAUUCAGUAAUAUUUUAUACAUUCAUCACACUAAAGUUCUCAAUCAUCAGCUUAUUCCUUUCAAAAUCAUUAAUGUUUUGACCACUGCUAAGCAAUUUUCUUCUACUUAAAACUAUAUCUAAUGGACAGAAAAGUAACAAAACUUUGUUGAAGAUGCUGUUAAAUCUUUCACCAAUACAAAAAACUAAUCAAAUGAUGUUAAAAGUAUGUUGAUCUGUGGUACUAAAAAUUGUGGUAAAAGUAUGUUCACUUUAUACAGCAUAAACAGACUUUUGGAUAACUUUGAUAGAAUAUGUGUUUUAGAUACAGAUUUAGGUUAAAGUUUAUUCCACUUUCCAGGAACUGUAAAUUUGUUUAGUAUGAGCAAAAAAGAUAUCCAUUUGUCUAACUUGACUCAUAUCCAUUUCAUUAAGCCUGUAUUAAGUAUAUAUGUAGGAGAAUAUAGUCCUUAGUAUUUUAUUCAGUAAUAUAUUGCAGGUAUAAAGAAAUGCUUUAAAUUCUAUUAAGAGUAUUUUAGAAAUUGUCCUCUUAUAGUAAAUACUCACGGAUAUAUCACAAAUAUUGGAGAAUUGCUGCUUUAUGAAAUUUAAGAUAUUAUUGAACCAAAAUUCAUAGGUUUACUUAGCACAAAUGAAUAGUUGAUUCAACACUUAACCAAUAGCAAUACUAGAUUAGAAAGACUUUCUCUAACAACAAAAUCGAAAGAUAUGCCUAACUUCAAAUCAAGAGUUGAGGAUAUUACUAAUCCCAGCUUUGAAGCUAAUAAAGUAAAGGUAAAUGAAGCUAAGAGACACAGAAAAGAUGACAUUAUUUUCUAAUAUUUAACAAAUUAAGUUAAACUUGAUAAUACUUAUCCUUUCUAGAAUUUAUAUUCAUCUCAAUAUGGUUAAUUAUGUCUUUAAAAACCUUUUGAAGCUCCAUUGAACUCAAUUAAAUACUAUUUGUUGGAAACUUAAACUUAAAUCGAAGGUAGCAAUGACAUUGCAAAACAUUUUAAUUGCUCUAUUGUUGCUUUGUUUGAUUAGUCAUUUUCUUUUAGUAACACAACUACUAAUUGUAUUGGAUUUGCAUUUGUUAGAGAUAUAGAUCUUAAGAAGAACACUAUUGAAAUCAUCACAAGCUAAUCGAUUAUUAAUGAUUUACCAAGAGUUUCAACAUUUAUAAAAUCAAAUGAGAUGGCAUUUUCUAAGCGUUUCUACCUGCAAAAUUAACAUUCUUAUAAUGAAAUAUCAGAACUCACUUAUGAUGUAAAUGGUGAUUUUUCUUCUAAGAGAACAUUAGAUGUUCCUUUUGUUUUACCUAAAUCAAGUGGUUUAGGAAAUAUCUCAUUUAGAUCAAGAGUUUCAAAUAGAAAAUGA